AGGCAAACCUUUCUAUACAUCUAAAAUUCAUUGAUUUCUAGCAUUUCUAUGUAAAUGGCAGCCCUAAUUGAGUUGCAUUUCAAGAAAAAGACAGGGAAAGGACAGUCAAGUGAUAUUUUUCUAGUGCACAUAGAAAUCGACGGAUAUGAAAAAAAUCGUAGUUUAUUUUUUCCUUGCUUUUUCGUUUAGAAUUUUCUGUGAACAGAGACACUUUUCAUUUUCCACUGUGAAAAAGGAAGAUAUCAACUCAUCAUCUGCGGUGUUUUGUCAGGAUGCUAAAACCGUCUUAUAUUGUGGAGUAAACUGUUUUAAUGAUAACUUCUGUGUAGGGUUUGGUUUCAACACAAACAGUCAGCACUGCUUUGGAUUACAUGAUUUUGAAUGGGACGGUUACUCUUAUCAACCGGUUCAAUCAACUUCGGACAAAAUCGUUUGGUAUCGUUCAGGUUGCAGACCCAACUGGGUAGAGUUCAAAGGUCACUGUUACUUCUACGGAAAGCUUAAAAAAGUGUCAUGGUUUGAGGCUAAGGCAGAAUGUCAGAACAGAUUUUCUCACCUCGUAGAGAUUGAGGACAAAGCGGAAUCUGACUGGCUAGCUUCGACAUUUCUUAAUCCAGAUGGUAAUUAUUCCAAUUGUCCCAGUAAUACAUCUAACGGGUGUUCAGCGUGGACCGGACUUAACGACCUUAACAUCGAAGGACAAUAUGUAUGGGACCAUUCGAACACACCCAUGGCGUUUUACACUUGGUAUACCUUCAAGCCUGAAUUUGGCGAUAUACGAGACUGUGUUGCCAUUCAGAAAAAUGGCCAAUGGAACGAUAAAAAAUGCAUGGCCUUACUUGCCUUCAUUUGUGAGAAAGAGAUUAGCAACUUAUAGGACACAAAUAACAAUGCAAAAAUUGGAAUUUGAUUGCCCUGAAACGUUCUGAGAAUAGAAAAUCAUUUAAAUUGUAGGGUGAGGGCCGCUUUGCCAAUGAUCAAAUUUGUUUGAGUGUACUCUUACAGUUUUUGCGUUCUCGUGUUUGAAUUAAAAAAUAAAUCAUGUUUUUAACUUA